AGUGGUCACAACGAAUGAUGUGGGUCUAGAACUAGCUACAUGGUGCUCACAGCAGGAAGGAUUUCUGAGCCUGGGAACCUGGUGACUCUUCCCUUGGAAUUCAGUAGCAGCGUGACCUAUUUAGCAAUUCACAGCCCCCCCCCCACUCCCUGGAAGAAUUUUGGCAACAAAGCUUGCUAUUAGUCUUCUAUGUUGCUGACUGGUGGAUGUACCAUGUGAUAGCUUUGAUGGAGGUUCAUGCCUUAAGCAAUUUGGAGACAGUGUGACAUCAGUUACUCCGGCAGGAAAAAAAAAAAAACUUUGCUGUGAACUUUCUGAGCUGGUAUAUUAUUCAGCCCAAAGACAUGCAAGAAAUAUGUAGGAAGAAAUGCCAGUUUCUAGUCCAUCUCAGGGUUAGGGUUCACUCUUGUCUCUGGUGAUGGGAUCAUGGGAAUAAAUGAGGGACAAUAUGAUAUUCUUAGGGCCUAGGGUAUGAAUUAUAUUUAUUGGUUUUUGACUUUUUGAAAUUGAGAGAGAAAUGCUCUCAAAUUUUUAGCCCAGGCUAGACCUGAACUUUCAACUUUCUUGCCGAAGCCUCCCAAAGUGCUAGAAUUACAGUUAUUACAGAUAUACAACAUAAUUCUUGCCCAACCCCCUAACACAAGACAAGGGUUGUAUAUGCUCAGGCUGUUUUUGUGUAUAGAUGUUUUGUCUACAUAUGUGUCUAUGUACCACAUGUGUGCCUAGUGUCCUGGGUCUAAAGUUCUAUACUGCUGUGAGUCUCCAGUGGGUGCUGGGAAUUGAACGCAGGUCUUGUGGAAGAACAGUCAAUGCUCCUAACAGCUGGGCUAUCUUCCCGCCCAGUCCUACACUCCUAAGCAGUUUCUGAACUCACUGUGUAGCAGAGGACGAUGUUCCGUCUCCACCAAUCCUCAGACUGCACACUCCAGUGAAUUCCUGUCUCUUCUCCUUUAUAUUCCUCUCAUUGCCCAGCCGUAUCACUCCUAUCUCCACCUACUUUGUGCUGGGAUUAAAGUGUCUGACUCCCAAACACUGGGAUUAAAGUUGUGAGCCACCACCACCUGGAUCUGUUUCUGGAAUGUCAUCCUUUUGGUCUGAAGACUUGGUAGAGAGGAGAGGAGAAGAAAAGAGCGGGAAGACCAGAUGUAUCGUGAGAGGCUGCGCACCUUAUUCAUCAUUGCUGUUGUGAUGAGUCUGCUGAACUCCCUCAGUACCAGUGGAGGCAGUAUUUCCUGGGCCGACUUUGUCAAUGAGAUGCUGGCUAAAGGAGAGGUGCAGCGUGUGCAGGUGGUACCCGAAAGUGAUGUGGUGGAAGUCUAUCUGCAUCCUGGAGCCGUGGUGUUUGGGCGGCCUCGGCUGGCCUUGAUGUACCGGAUGCAGGUUGCAAAUAUCGACAAAUUUGAAGAGAAGCUUCGAGCAGCUGAAGAUGAACUGAACAUUGAAAGCAAGGACCGGAUUCCCGUUUCCUAUAAGCGAACAGGAUUCUUUGGAAAUGCCCUCUACGCCCUGGGGAUGACAGCAGUGGGCUUGGCCAUCCUGUGGUAUAUUUUCAGACUGACUGGGAUGACAGGAAGGGAAGGCGGAUUCAGUGCUUUCAAUCAGCUUAAAAUGGCACGUUUCACCAUCGUGGAUGGGAAGACAGGGAAAGGAGUCAGCUUCCAAGAUGUGGCAGGAAUGCAUGAAGCCAAACUGGAAGUCCGAGAGUUUGUGGAUUAUCUGAAGAGCCCAGAACGCUUCCUUCAGCUUGGUGCCAAGGUUCCAAAGGGUGCCCUAUUGCUGGGACCUCCUGGUUGUGGGAAGACGCUGUUGGCCAAGGCAGUAGCCACGGAGGCUCAAGUGCCCUUUUUAGCAAUGGCUGGCUCAGAGUUUGUGGAGGUCAUUGGAGGCCUGGGAGCUGCCCGUGUGCGAAGCCUCUUCAAGGAAGCUCGAGCCCGAGCCCCUUGCAUAGUGUACAUUGAUGAGAUCGAUGCUGUGGGGAAGAAGCGGUCCACCUCCAUGUCUGGCUUCUCCAACACAGAGGAAGAGCAGACCCUCAACCAGCUCCUGGUCGAGAUGGACGGAAUGGGCACUACAGACCAUGUCAUCGUCUUGGCAUCCACAAAUCGUGCUGAUGUUUUGGACAAUGCUCUCAUGAGGCCUGGGCGACUUGAUAGGCAUGUCUUCAUUGAUCUUCCCACUCUGCAGGAGCGGCGGGAGAUUUUCGAGCAGCACUUGAAAGGCCUGAAGUUGACCCAGCCCAGCAGUUUCUACUCCCAGCGACUGGCAGAGCUGACGCCAGGAUUCAGUGGCGCCGACAUCGCCAACAUCUGCAAUGAGGCUGCCCUGCAUGCUGCACGGGAGGGGCACACAUCUGUCCACACGUUCAACUUUGAGUAUGCGGUGGAGCGUGUCAUUGCCGGAACUGCUAAAAAGAGUAAGAUCCUUUCCAAGGAGGAGCAGAGGGUGGUUGCCUUCCAUGAGUCUGGCCAUGCCUUGGUUGGUUGGCUGCUAGAGCACACAGAAGCUGUAAUGAAGGUCUCCAUAGCACCUCGAACAAACGCUGCUCUGGGCUUCUCUCAGAUGCUCCCUCGGGACCAGUACCUCUUCACCAAGGAACAGCUGUUUGAGCGGAUGUGCAUGGCACUAGGUGGUCGUGCGGCUGAGGCCAUCUCAUUCAGCAGGGUUACCUCUGGGGCCCAGGACGACUUGAAGAAGGUUACCCGCAUUGCCUACUCCAUGGUGAAACAGUUUGGGAUGGCACCUAGCAUUGGGCCCGUCUCCUUUCCUGAGGCACAAGAGGGCCUCAUGGGCAUUGGACGGCGUCCCUUCAGCCAGGGCCUUCAGCAGCUGAUGGACCAUGAAGCAAAACUGCUGGUGGCUAAAGCCUACAGACACACUGAGAAGGUGCUGCUAGACAACCUGGACAAGCUGCAGGCGCUGGCGAAUGCCCUUCUGGAAAAGGAAGUGAUAAACUAUGAGGACAUUGAGGCCCUCAUUGGCCCACCACCCCACGGGCCAAAGAAAAUGAUCGCACCACAGAAAUGGAUUGAUGCUGAAAAGGAGAAACAAGCCUCAGGGGAGGAGGAGGGUCCGGCUCCCUAGCCCCCACCUCCAAGACCCAGCUCCACUUUCCUCGACUGCACCUGCAGUUAACUCAAAACUUGUCGGCCAGCUGCCAUCAGCCUCCGAGAGUCUUUUCACCUGAAACUUGAAUCUCUGCCUCUGUCAGCUCUCUCUGGUUUCUGAUGAAGACUUCUGAUAUCUAUUUAUUGAUUCAGGAUUAGUAAAUCGUUGGCAGAGACAACUGACCUUCCAUAUGUAUUGCUUUCCUUGUGGGGCGUGUGCAUGUUUGAGUCCCUGGGCUUCAGGUGCCGGUCUCCAUGAUCUGAAGGUGGCCCACAGUUGGACUGAAUGAUCUCGUUUGUGUCCUGGGUGCCCUCAGAAUGCUAAUAGGAUCUGAGAUGAAAGACCCUCUGAGCUGACUGUCCGCAUCACAGUGCACACUCAUUGGGUGUGGGGGGUUGGGAACAGUCACUGUUGGAAGAUGCAGAUACUGCCACCUACUGCCUUGUGCACCAGUAAAUGGAGUCUCCCCUGUCUGA